AUGUUUACCGCUAGCCUAUGUGAUCUCGUCAGACAGACCUUUUGGUUAAUAUGCCUUUUGAACGGAAAUAUACAUACAAGUUCCAAUAAUGUUUUGUUAAGUUAG